CCCAUUGGUCGUCAUGCUGAUAAUGGGCGUGUCUGUUAGACUAUAUUAGGACCCGCGGUCAGCUGUAGGGAGCGUUGUCUGGGUUUGUAUCUGAUGCUCGAGGAGAAAAAGACAUUUGAGGACAAAUACAUCACCUGUAAAGGAGGUCAUUAAGAAGAGGAUAUUAUGGAGCUCAUCAUCAAAGUCCUGAGUGGGGAAACAAAGACCGUGAAAGUGAAUCCAGGUGACACGAUUGGUGCACUCAAGCAAAAAGUCGCCCAAAUCUUUAAUGCAAGACCUUCACGGCUGAGGCUUUCUGUCACCAAUGGGUGUGUCGUGCAGCUGGACAAUGACCAGGAGACUGUGAGCAGUUAUGGUCUGAGUUCAGGGGCCACGGUGAUGCUGCUGAUCUCCAAUUCUCCCGUGCCGCUUCAGGUGUUUGUGAAGAAUGAGAAGGGACAGAUGAAGACAUAUGACAUCACUGACGAUGAAACUGUUGAUCAGUUGAUGAAAAAGGUACGCCAAAAAGAUAGAGUACCAGAGGACCAGCAGCGGCUGAUCUACAGCGGUCGACAGCUUGAAUCUGGCAGGAAGCUGCAGGAUUACGGCAUUGUUUCUGGAAGCACCAUUCAUAUGACCCUCCGUCUGCGUGGAGGCUGAUGGGACAAACACUUGGAGAUCAUUUUAGCUUAAAAAUUAAUUUAAUGUGAUUCCUUUUGUGAUGUCUGUUACUUUCUAAUUGC